ACCCACAUCCAGUCAGAGGGAGGAGGCGGAUCAAGACUCCAGGACUUCCUCAGUGGAGCGUAGCACUCAGCGCAAUCAUGGAUGAUUCUGCUCCAUUUCCUGGUCACUCUAUGUUUGGGUGGCUGGUGGGAGCAUCACAGGUUCUGGGUCUGGCAUCUGUGGUGCUGACCGGUGUGUGGAUGGGUCAUUACCAUGGCGGCUUUGCUUGGGAUGGCUCAGCCCAGGAGUUCAACCUGCACCCUCUUUGCAUGGUGCUGGGUAUGGUCUUCCUGCAAGGCGACGCCAUUCUGGUUUACAGAGUAUUUCGCAAUGAGUCGAAGAGAAAUGUAAAGGUUCUUCAUGGCAUCAUUCACCUGCUUGCUCUUAUCAUCAGCAUCAUAGGUUUUGCAGCUGUGUUUGAUUUCCACAAAGCAGCAAAGAUCCCAGACAUGUACUCUCUUCACAGCUGGUGUGGCAUGGCCACCAUAGUCCUGUUCUGCUUGCAGUGGGUGAUGGGUUUGCUGUUCUUCCUUUUUCCGGUUGCGUCGUUAUGGUUACGUGCCGCAUACCUACCAAUCCACAUGUUCUGUGGUCUGGUUCUGGUAGUUAUGGCCAUAGGGACCAGUAUGCUUGGCAUCACAGAGAAACUCCUCUUCAGCAUCAUGCCAACUUACCCUCUGUUUUCCCCAGAGGGGAUGCUGGCCAACAGUUUGGGGAUCCUGCUGCUGUGUUUUGGGGUGCUGCUCUGUUACCUGGUUUCCAAGGAAGAGUUCAGACGCCCACCUAACCCAGAAGAAGAGUCCCUAUCUGUGCACUUCAAGACCCUGACAGAGGGGGGGUCACCCAACACACCCUGAUCUCUGGGUUUAACAUUCGACGCCUCCAGCGCAUAGUUUAUGUGAAGUCAAUAAAAAUAUGGACAGGAAGCUUUAACAAGGAUCUCUUCUGAUCUUGCGUAUUACUUAACGAUCCAUCAACUUUCAUCCAAAAAGUACCUGUUUCUUUAAUUAGGAUGAGUAUAGUAAAAACCUAUAGUACAUGUAGCAGGCAGUCCAAUCACGGUUCUUGUUGUCUUCACUUGGCAUCUCCAUAGCUGCUGUCAUCUCAACAUGUGGACGCAAGGGGCAACGUCCCUUUGUACCUGCAGUGGUUAACUGCCUAAGGCAAAAGUAAUCGAACUCCUACAAUAUCAAUGGCUUCCCACACAGUUCUAUGCUGUUGUAAAGCUGAGGCUCAAACCCAGCCCACGCUAUUUUUGUUAACUAUUGUCUUGACUGAAUGUGCCUGUUACUGCCAAAUGACUUGUUUGCCAGGUGAAAGCAAGCAGUGGCUACACUCUGUCUAUUUAUCUCCCCCUACAGGCACCAAGAGAGAACAUUUCUCAGUAAAUUAUGCUUGAAACCAUAUCGCUCUAACCUGAAUAGAGAACAAAGAAAGGGUUAGAACAUAAACCGAAGCUGAUAUACCAUCUGGAGCUAGCAGAACUCUCUGCUACAUAAGUCUACCACUACUCCAAUAGUCCUGCAUCCUGACCAGAAUCAAGAGAUUCCUGAUCCUUAGUUUACUGAACUCUGCUUUGGCUUGUCCCCUUCAGUUUAGUGUUGAUGCAAAUUCUAAAAAGUGUAGCUGUUUAUGGCUUUUUGACUUGAUUUCAGGAAUCAGCCCUUGUGCCUAGAGCAAUGCUUUUAUAGAGCGUUGGCCAGUCUCCAAUAGUGAAUGCUGUUUUUAUCUAAGUCUUAAUAUUGUAAUUUUUUAAUAGGAAAUUACACAAGGAAUGUCUAUUUGUUUCAUCAAUAUUGUAUUAAACAGUAAAUUGAAUAUGUGCCUUCAGAAGUGUGCAAUUGUUGAGAAUCACUGUAUUUGGCCGCAGACGAUAACACUACUCAAAUACGACUAGAAUCGGUUCUACACAUCCUAUGAAGUAUUUCCAUUUUUCAUUCUAUACAGCUACAUCCCAAUGGGUAUUACUUUACUCCUACUUUAUGUUUAUGAAAGCUUUACUUGUGGCUUCACAGCAUUUUUAGCAUUUUCUGCCAGCCUCCUACAGUAAAAUGUCCAGGGCAGCUGACUCUGGCCUUCAGAGCAUGUCUCCUGGGAUAUACUCUCAUAUACACUCAAUGAUUACCUGUAGACUUGUCAUAUUGUCGUUGUAAAAUCUCUAAAUAAAGUGUAUGUGUUCGUGAAA